GGCUAUUCUGGCCUGGCUGCACAUUUCGGUUGCUGCUGUGUUGUUGUGUAGCUAUCAAAAACAUCAAAUCAUGCCCGGUGAGACAGCCGAUCAAAUAAUGUCUUUACCGUGAACACAGGCCCUCAAAGUUAUCUUUCUAAACGUGUGUGCAGACUGAUACUGUAGCUCUCCGUGUGAGUAGUAUCUUAUUUUUAAACGGGGUUCAGGGAAGUCUUGUUGUGCUGAGCCGAGGCCUUGUCGCAAACCUGACCACUCGCAAAGUCUCAAAUAACCGUCCGGGAUUUGAUGUUGAAGUCGUCCGGGUUUUGGGGUCAAUUUGAGGGUUUCUCCGUCGGAAGAUGGACACUGAUAAAUUCAACUAUGUUUACAGCUGUGACCUGGAUAUCAACGUUCAACUUAAGAUGUAAGUUUUGGACUUAAUGCUCGGCUUUUUUGGUCAAGCGGUGUAACUAAUCUAUCUUGUGACUUAACAGGAUGCUCGGUGUGUUUGCUGUGUGUGCGUGCGUGCGUGUGUGUGUGUUUAAACGACGUGCGUGUUUUCUUAUUUUCAAUUUUCUGACUUUAUGUGUCAAUUUUGUCACAACAUGCAAUUGCGCAACAUUUCAAUUUAUCAUAAACGUAGAUAUGCUGGGUAAUGGCAUAACUCCACUGGAUUAACUCAGUAGAGUUCAUCGUGCCGGAGCACUCUGUCGAUUAAUCGGUUAGUUCGACUCUUAGUGAACAAUUGAAAUACACGAUUUAUCCUCCAUGAAACGAAAAUAUAGGAGUUCGGUCUGUUUUUCUGAGGUUUUGACAGAAAUAUGAACAUUUUGUUCAAAUAAUUGUCACCUGUCAGGCCAUGCUAAUAAAACUAUGAGUUGUAGAGGCUUCAUCAACAUUGAAUCAGAGCUGUUGUAUUGGGUUAUAUUAGAUUGCCCACAAUGUUUUGACAGGUUAGUGUAUGGUCAAUAUUUUUAUUUCAGGCAUCUGUGGGGUUUUUUCUUUUGGGGCGUAGAUGCUUUGUCCACAGGGGUUAAAACUGACCAAGUUCCUCACAACUUCAAGAAUUUAAAAUUUAGAUUUGAUACUGAUCAUAUCUUAAUUUGUAUUAAAGGGAUAUUGCGGCGUAAAAUUAAGUUGGGGUCAAACACACAGUAGCAGCGAGUUACACACCCCGUUGAGGGAUGAAUGUUGCCGACUGCUUGCUUCUCUAGUUAUACCAACUUUAGUAACGACCGCAGGAUAGCAAUACACAGCAGUCUGAGGAGCCAUAAACAAACCUCAACCAAAACGCCACUCUAUAGCCACAAAUAAUGCUCAGAACAGCACCUAACUUCAUCAACAGUCCCAGCAAUAGUACUAGCCACCAAACAUCUUUUUAGCUUUGCCUAAUUUCUUUAGCGAAGCGACUUUACACAACUCACCUACUCUCUUCCAGCAGCUGCUUGUUUGUACGGAGACCUCCGGGCUAGUCCAUCGACUACAGUGGGGUGACACAGCUCAAGGAAGAACAUUUAUGAUCAUUUCUUUAUCAUUUCCUUGAAGUAAUAAUCAUCAUGUUAAUCAUUUUGCACUGCAGAUGCAGUAGUUCUUCUGCCUUAGCAUCUCUGUCUGAUUGCAUUUCCAUAAAGUAAUGAUCAGAAAUGUUCUUCCUUGAGCUGCGUCACCCCGUUAAGCGCGUGGCUCUCUUUAUUGCUGUCAUGCGGCCGUUACUAAAGUUGGUAUCAAUAGAGACGCAAGUGGUCAGCAACAUUCAUCUCUUAAUGGGGUGUCUAACUCGGUGUUACGGUGUGUUUGACCCUAACUUAAUUUUACCCCGGAAUAUCCCUUAAACAAAAAAUAACUAUGACACAGUAAAAAUUAGAACUCUAAAUGUGAUUAAAAUGACUGGAAAGAAUCCUGUUUUAAUGUGUCAGAGCUAAAUGUGAAGAAAUGUUGCUGUUGUGCAAUGUUGUGCAACUCUACAAGUGGUGCCCCAUCUAUCAGUGUAGUACAGUACUGAGAUAAUGGAGGUUGUGGAGUUGAAGUCUUCUCUGCUUAACAAACAAUGUGCUAAGUCUACUUUUUUAAAUUCCCAAAAAUUAUUACAGAUAAAUUUGUUAACAGUUCGUUUUAAAUGUGUCUUUGUAUGUAAAACACCACCUGAUAUGAAAGAUGGUAUUGGAGAAAGAGAGCAACCAUCUUUGGAAAAGUUUACAGAUGUUUACUUUCUGGGGAGAGGACGAGUCAGACUGGUCGUAAUAAUUUCAGUUGACAACAUUUUGUUUACUUUGCAUCUUCUCUCCUGUUACAGAGGCAGUUUAGAAGGAAAGCGGGAGCAGAAGAGCUACAAAGCUUUGCUGGAGGACCCCAUGCUGCGGUUCUCUGGCCUCUACCAGGAGAACUGCUCGGACCUCUACGUUACCUGUCAGGUGUUUGCGGAAGGGAAACCUCUCGCCCUGCCUGUUCGCACUUCAUAUAAAGCUUUCAGCACACGAUGGAAGUGAGUAAAACGCUGUCUCAGUUUGACCCAUUUAGUGUUCUUUCAAACUGAAUCUUACACUCUCUUCAUUCUCCUCCCCUGUUGUCCUCUACAGCUGGAACGAGUGGCUGCGGCUGCCUGUCAAGUACCCAGACCUUCCCCAAAGUGCUCAGGUAGCUCUCACAGUGUGGGACAUCUAUGGUCCCGGCAGAGCUGUUCCAGUCGGGGGCACCACAGUUACCCUGUUUGGCAAAUACGGGUAAACUUCACUUAUAGUUUGCAUUCAUAUCUGAGUAUGAAUCUGAUAGAAAUGUGUCCAAAACAGUUAUGAAACACUUUCUCUUGACCUCCUCCAGUAUGUUCCGGCAAGGCAUGCAUGACCUCAAAGUUUGGCCGGGUGUGGAGGGCGAUGGAGGGGAGCCCACCACCACACCAGGACGCACAAGCAGCAGUCUGACAGAGGACCAGAUGGGCAGACUGGCCAAGGUACAACACUGCGUAUGUUGGAAAGACAGAGAGAAAGAGAGAGAGGGAGAGUUGUGUUGCGGUAGGAUUGGAGAAAAACAGAGUAGAGAUGGGGAGGGUAAAGAUGUGGAGGCAUUCUGUGUGUUGGAAAAGACGAGAAACUUCCCGAUACAUGCCUAAAACAUCAUCUGUUCCAGGGCCCUGACCUGGAGGUACUCAGUGAUGUGAGUACAAGUGGAGGGGUCAAUGUUGGCAAUGCAGAACAUGUGUGUGUGUGUCUGUGAGAAGUGACUUGGUCCAAAUGUAUUUGUAGAUCAAUAAUAUCAGCAUCUUUUUUUACCCCUUUAAAUAAAGAUUUCCAUGUUUACAUUCAAUUACAAUAUGAAUAUUUUGUAUAUUAAACUCCUCAACUCUUUAUGUUGCCCUACAUUUACACGUACAUUUGGACUCAGGUGUUGGUGUGAACACUGUCUUUCAGGGUGUACGGCUGCGUUCUUGAAAGCAUCACACACACGACUUUUUCAGUUUUCCGCUGUCGCCAUACGACGGUUUAUUUAGUGGAAGUCUGCGCAUGUUUAUUUCAGGUGUAUGUUGACCAGAGGUGGGGGAAAGUCCUUAUGUUGCAAGUCCAAGUUGAGUCUCAAAAGUCUCAAGUCAAGUCCAAGUCCUGAACUUUUCUUUCAAGUCAAAAACAAGUCAUAUUAAAGCCAUAAACCAUUUGUUAUAUGUAAAGAUUUACAUAAUUCAUGAGUAUUUUUCACUAUUUGCAUUCAUUAUUAAACAAGGGUUCUUGUUUGUGUUAAGUUACAUAGUGCAGCUUUAACCAAACUAUUUUACAUGUCAUACAAAAAAUAAUCAGAUAAACUUCAAUAAUUGGAAACUUAGACAAUGUGCACAAAAAUAAGGAAGACUCAAAUACAAUUAAACAUUAAACUGAUACUCUAAUUCACUGUUCCAAAACAAAACAAAAGAGAGACACAAGGCAACACGUGGAAACAGGCGGGCAAUACUAGCGAGCGAUUUAUGUUCAGUCCUCCCGGUGUUGUCGUUAUGAGGGAGGCUAGAGUUUGAGACAGUGUUGCCAAGUUGCGUGAGAGAAUUAAGGAAACAGACCUCCAGAAACAAGACAAAAACAAGCGAAUUUUUUUGCGGGAAAUAAGCAGACUUGGCAACACAACAAGGUGUUACCAACGGCCGUAAUUCCUGACUAUUAGUUGAUGCAACACUUUUUAAACGGUUUGGGCUUGCUGUAAGGUAAUAAGUGACUUGAAAAGACUUGACUUGACUUUUCAAGUCACUGGGCUCAAGUCAAGUCAAGUCUCAAGUCUUUAGCAAUCAAGUCCCAAGCGUGUCCAAGUCAUUUCUUGAUUUCAUCAAGCAAGUCAAAAACGGGACUCAAGUCCAAGUCGAGUCUCGAGUCGAGUCGUCAAGCCCCCACCUCUGAUGUUGACAGAGAAACACUUUUUCUAACUUGUUGAAGACUUCAGGGAGGUCCUGUCAUUUUGACCUCACUUUAACUGUAAACAUUAGGUCACAUCGAGGUUUCAUUCUGUCUUACUUGAGCAGUGUGAACCUAAACCAGUAGUUUUCAAAAAAACAUUGUCAUUAUGCAGGUAUGUCAUAAGUUCAUGCUUUGUUGAGUUUGUUCCUUAAAAAGAAGAAGUGGUUAUUGUUGAUGGACAUCGAUGUGUCAUCACAGCAGACUGUGUUCUGCCUGUUUUUGCUCUCCAUACGUCUCUGAUACAUAAUAAGUCAAUACCAUGACCUGAAACGUACUAUAAACAGUACCCAGAACUCUUCCCUUACUAAAAUCUGGACCCCUGCUUGUGUGCCGGUUCUGUGUUCUGAUGUAGACUCUGUAAACCGGGUUGCAGUGGACAUAACAGAGGUUUUUUUCCAGGCUGUUACCACUUCAUAUGUUGUUUUUAAGAGUGAGUACUAACUCUAACCAGCUGAGUUUUCGGGCUUCCUGUUCCUGGCCAAUUGUGUGCUUACAUUCCUGACACCCACACUGACUGAUGAAUGGAUUGGCUGGUGUGUGAGCGAUGACGCUGGAUUGGCUGCCGCCACUGGAUUUGUGCAUGAUUGGUCGAGCUGUUUGCGCCUCAGCCACCCUGCUGUGACAGAUUCUCAACCUCUGUAUUUUGUAUUUUAUAAACUUAUUUUUCUUGUUCCCCUUCCCUCUCUCUCUUCCCUCUCUCUCUCUCUCUCUCUCUCUCUCUUUCUCUCUUUUCUCUCUGUGAAGCUGACAAAAGCCCAUCGACAGGGCCACAUGGUGAAGGUGGACUGGCUGGACCGUCUAACCUUCAGGGAGAUCGAGAUGAUCAAUGAGGUGAGAUGGGUUACCUGUCCGUAAUACCUCAACAGAAGUUCAGUGAAUCAAUCGGUACUGUAGCCUGAUUGCCAGUAAUUGCAGAUGAAUUGCAAAUGUUCUUUGUUUGUUUCUGCAGAGUGAGAAGCGCAGCUCGAACUUCAUGUACCUCAUGGUUGAGUUUCCCCGUGUCAAAACCAACGACAAAGAGUACAGCAUCGUCUAUUAUGAGAAGGUAUUCCUACUUUUGAAAUGACAUUGUCCAUUUGUUAGUAUUUCAGAAAUGUUCGUGCUCACUGAUUGGCUUAUUUCCCCCUCGUCUACGCUCAGGAUGGAGACGAUGCGUCACCUGUCCUCACCAGCUGUGACAUUGUCAAAGUUCCUGAUCCACAGAUGGGGAUGGUGAGAGGACGCUCACAUUCACAUGCCUGCACAAGUUAAUUAGGAUUAUCUGAUUUUGAAGUCCAUGUAAUUAUAAGCUGACGGUGUUUUCCAAUUCAUGGCGUCUUUACAGGAGAAUCUGGUCGAGAGUAAGCAUCACAAACUGGCUCGUAGCCUCCGCAGCGGACCCUCAGAUCAUGACCUGAAACCCAAUGCCGCCACACGGGACCAGCUCAACGUAAGUAACCAGGGGUCAAACUUUUUAAAUAGAUAACAUGAACAAAUCUUAACAGUAGGUGUGUACAUUUAUCCAUACAAGACGGAGCCUGAAAUACACAAUAGUAGAAGCUGUUAGCUGUGCAUCAGCGGACUACAGCGGAGUUUCGCAGCUCAAGGAAGAACAUUUAUGAUCAGUUCUUCAUGGAAAUGCAAUCAGACUGAGAAGCUGAGGCAGAUGAACUACUGUGUCUGCAGAGCAAAAUGAUUAAUAUGGUGAUUAUUACUUCAAGGAAAUGAUAAAGAAAUGAUCAUAAAUGUUCUUCCUUGAGCUGCGAAACUCCGCUGUAGUCCAUAAUGGACUGGCCUGAAGUCUCGCUACAAACAAGCGGCUGCUGGAAGAGAGUAGGUGAGUUGUGUUUAAUCUCUUUGCUGAAGAAAUUAGGCAAAGUUAAAAAGAUGUUUGGUGGCUGGUACUAUGGCUGGGACCCUAUAUGUCCUGUUGAUGAAGUUAGGUGCUGUUCUGAGCAUUAUUUGUGUCUAUAGUGGCGUUUUGGUUGAGGUUUGCGCGUGACUCCUGGGACCAUUGUGUAUUGCUAUCGUGCGGUCGUUACUAAAGUUGGUAAAACUAGAGGUAUAACUUAAUUUUACGCCGGAAUAUCCCUUUAAGCACUGACUGUGACUUUGAUGAAAUAAUGUUUUCAAACAUCUUUACAAAAAGCUAAAUGUAGAUGGGACUUAGUAGCACUUGUUUAUAAUAGUCGGCACAGUUACUGUGAUGCUGAUGAGCUAAGGCUUUGACUGUCAUCAAACCUGUGAAGUAUGGAGCUGACUUCAAACCUUGUUGUCUUUGUUUAACAGAUCAUCGUGAGCUACCCUCCAACCAAGCAGCUGAGCUCUGAGGAGCAGGACCUGGUGUGGAAGUUCAGGUACUACCUCACCACACAGGAAAAGGUAAGCGUUUGUUACUCUCAACCAUCAGAGCUACAAUCCGUCUCGCUCUUGUGUUGAGUGCCUCAUCUUCCACCCUUCUUGCUCACAGGCUCUGACAAAGUUCCUCAAGUGUGUGAACUGGGAUUUGCCGCAAGAGGCCAAGCAGGCACUGGAGCUGCUGGGGAAGUGGAGGCCGAUGGACGUGGAGGACUCUUUGGAGCUGCUGUCCUCCCAGUUCACCAACCCAACCGUCAGACGCUACGCCGUCGCACGCCUGCAGCAGGCGGACGACGAGGUAGGCUGGGAAGAGUGGUGAAUGGUUGAAGAUGGAUGAUAGUUUUAGUAUAAGCAGUUGGGAUGUUUCUGAUGAGUCAACAGAAUUCAGAGAAACGUUUUCAUUUUGGUACGAUUAUAAUUCUUCCAUCUCCUCUCUCCAGGACCUGCUGAUGUAUCUCCUCCAGCUGGUCCAGGCGCUCAAGUACGAGAACUUCAGUGACAUCCAAGGAGGCCUGGAGCCCGGCAGCAAAAGAGAUGGCCAGGGACUUUCAGAUGACUCUGCACUGGACGGGUCAGUGUUUAGACGAGCGGCUCCAACAGCUACUCCGGCUGUGGAUCAUAAAUAAGUCAACACUACCGGCAGCUUUGACUGAAGCUCUUGUUGUUUUUUACCGCUCGGAUCUAAAUUUAUCUGAAAUUCUUGCUGCUUGGAGGGUUUGAUUAUUUGUCUUACUUGCCGGCCGUUACGAACUCUUAGGGUGUUGUGAUUUUAUUGGCUUCAGUUUGUGCAGCUGCAGCCAAAAUCUGGACGCAGAGCUCAAACCGAUCUUCCGAAUACAGGGUGGCUGGAGUUAAAGUAAAAGUUAAACUCUAUAAUCAGCAAAUUCUUCAAUUAUUCUCUCUUUUUUUUUUACUAGUUCUCAGAUUUUGUCUGGCACAUCUGGACCUUCAAACGCCUCACAGAAAGGCAAAGAAGGAGCCGACAGCGAGAACCUCGAGGUAAGAAAGGCAGAAAAUCUGAAGAAAGAGCAGAAUUGAAUAAAAAAUCAGUAUUUAUCAGAGGUGGGGGAAAGUCGUUAUGUUUCAAGUCCAAGUCGAGUUUCAAGUCUUUGCUCUCAAGUCCGAGGCAAGUCCAAGUCCUUUGCUUUCAAUCUCGAGUCAAGUCCAAGUCAACACAGACAAGUCCCAAGUCAAGUCCAAGUCCUGAACUUUUUGUUUCGAGUCCCAACCAAGUCCUAGGAAUUUUGCUUCGAGUCCCACCCAAGUCCUCGGUUUGGGCUUGCUGUAAGGUAUUAAGUGACUUGAAAAGACUUGACUUGACUUUUCAAGUCACUGGGCUCAAGUCAAGUCAAGUCUCAAGUCUUUAGCAAUCAAGUCCCAAGCGAGUCCAAGUCAUUUCUUGAUUUCAUCAAAGAAGUCAAAAACGGGACUCAAGUCCAAGUCGAGUCUCGAGUCGAGUCGUCAAGCCCCCACCUCUGGUAUUAUCUCCACAUGAUGAAAAAUAUUCAUCUUAUAUGUUUGACUCUGGCGUUAAAGUGUCAUUUUAUCUCUUUUAUAGCAGGACCUGUGCACUUUCCUCAUCUCCCGGGCUUGUAAGAACUCCACACUCGCCAACUAUCUGUACUGGUAGGUCCAUAUCGUGGUGAUUUAUUUGUAUUAAUCUCUGUGUUUAUUCUGUAUAGCUGAUGUUAAACCUGUGUGUGUGUGUGUGUGUGUGUGUGUGUGUGUGUGUGUGUGUGUGUGUGUGUGUGUGUGUGUGUGUGUGUGUGUGUGUGUGUGUGUGUGUGUGUGUGCUCUCUGAAGGUACGUGAUUGUGGAGUGUGAGGAUCAGGACACCCAGCAGAGAGAUCCGAAGACUCAUGAGAUGUACCUGAACGUCAUGAGGAGGUUCAGCCAGGCUUUACUCAAGGUCAGGACUCGAAGAAAGAACGUUUUGCUGCACAAGCAUGAUGAAAAAGAAUCAGGAAAACAAUCAGUCUUAAUUUAUGGAUCGCCAAUUUACAACAAAUAUUAUGUAGAGAUACUUAGGGGCUUCUAUAUUUUCUCUCAGGGGUUGUAUCCUCUCGUCUCAGUCUUCACCGGAUCGUAAACAAUCACAGUUCCUGAAAUGUCCAAAGCCUUUAUCUUCUUUCCUCCUGCGGGCCUUCUGCACUCCUGACUGUCAACAUUUUAACGCACACACAUCCUCUUCCUUCCCUGCAGGGUGAUAAGAGCGUGAGGGUGAUGAGGUCGCUGCUGGCUGCCCAGCAGACGUUUGUGGACAGACUGGUGCAGCUGAUGAAAGCCGUUCAGAGGGAGAGUGGGAAUCGCAAAAAGAAGGUAAACGGCAAACUAGCAACAUGUGCAAAAACCUGCUUCAAGUCUCAGUUUUUCCCCAGAGAUGAUGAUUAUUUUACAAUCAUGUGUUUUGUACUUUAUCUGCAGACGGAGCGACUGCAGUCUCUGCUCGCUGACAACGAGAAAGUCAAUCUCUCGGAAAUCGAGCCGAUCCCUCUUCCUCUGGAGCCACAGAUUCGAAUCAGAGGCAUCGUCCCAGAGACGGCCACACUUUUUAAGGUACACAUAAGCCUUAGGAAUCACCUUCUCUUAAUUGUUGUACAGUGUGUUUAUGAGCUUUUUUCAUCUGUGUGAUAGAGCGCUCUGAUGCCAGCCAAACUCAUCUUCAAAGCCGAGGAUGGAGCCAUGUACCCGGUUAUCUUCAAACAUGGAGAUGAUCUGAGGCAGGACCAGCUCAUCCUGCAGAUCAUCUCACUCAUGGACAAAGUAUGAAAACCUCAUGAUCCGUAAAAAGACUCAAAAAAGAAUCAAAUCUGUCACCGUUUCUGUCAGCGAAAGCUUUCUUUAGCUCUUUUCAUGGCUUUAUAAAACUUAUGUCAUCUAAAUUAAAACCUCUUUGUCUGGUUUUUGUAUUUAUAGCUGCUAAGAAAAGAGAAUUUGGACCUGAAGUUGACGCCUUAUAAAGUAUUAGCCACCAGCACCAAGCACGGUAAGAAGACGACACAUUUCUCCAGUGGAAAACCGUCUCCUAUAAUCACAUACAUGCACCAAAACAGGAUUAAAGUGUUUUUCACUGCUUGAUUUGCAGCCUUCAGACUUUAAAAUAAGGAUACUUUUUUUUCAGGUUUUAUGCAGUUUGUUCAGUCUGUUCCUGUUGCUGAAGUUCUGGCAACUGAGGGCAACAUCCAGGUGAGCGGACUUAAAAGAAAUCUACUGCUGUUUACUCUUAAAAAAUAAAAACUGCUCUUUUAAUCACUAUGUUUGUUCCAACAGAGCUUCUUUAGGAAGCAUGCACCGAGUGAAAAAGGACCGUACGGUAUUAGCUCAGAAGUGAUGGAUACUUAUGUAAAAAGCUGCGGUGAGUACGUUUUAAAAAGAGUGAGUUAGUUUUUUCAUAGACCCCAGAUAUCUAAACUGUGUUUUUCUGUCCCUGCAGCCGGUUACUGUGUCAUCACUUACAUCCUGGGAGUCGGAGACCGUCACCUGGAUAACCUGUUACUGACAAAGACCGGUGAGAAAAAUACACUUUUCAGAUACUUGAGUAUUAAAAUCCUAGUUUGGGAGUCAAAAUGAAACACCCCCUCCUCUUCCAGGUAAGCUCUUCCACAUUGACUUCGGCUACAUCCUCGGCCGAGACCCCAAACCGCUGCCUCCGCCCAUGAAGCUGAGCAAAGAGAUGGUGGAGGGGAUGGGGGGCAUGCAGAGUGAGCAGUACCAGGAGUUUAGGAAGCAGUGCUAUACCGCUUUCCUCCACCUCAGGAGGUAAGAGACCAGACUGAGUACACUUUCAGUCUGAAAAAUGCAGACUGGAAAAGAUGGUUCCAUCAAAGUGGCUUUUGAAAAACUGCCUGGAUAUACCUGAAAAAGGUGGAACAUUUCCCUCAGUCCCUAGUCAGGAGGACUAUUACACAUAUUGAACAGUUGUGUUAAAACGUCCCUCUGCCCUCAUCUUUUCAGAUACUCCAACCUCAUCCUGAAUCUGUUCUCUCUCAUGGUGGAUGCCAAUAUUCCUGACAUCGCUCUAGAGCCUGAUAAGACAGUGAAGAAGGUAUGUUUGUCAGGAGUUUUACUGAUGCAUCCAAGACUUUUUAUGUAUUUUGUAGGAUGUCUGAGUGUUUGUGCUCAUUUUGUAUCUAGGUGCAGGAUAAGUUUAGAUUGGACCUGUCAGAUGAGGAGGCAGUCCACUACAUGCAGAGUCUGAUUGAUGAGAGCGUGGGCGCUCUGUUUGCUGCUGUGGUCGAGCAGAUACACAAGUUUGCUCAAGUAUGUGCACUCAACUGCACCACAAACUCCAACAAAAAAAAAUUCUGGGUCCUCAAAGAUUAUACAGUUUUUGUACUGUUGUUGCUGAAUGUUUUUUAACGCUUAUUUUCUUCCUAUGCAUUUAACGUAUAUGUCUAAAAUGGAAGAAAAAUGUAUAGCUGUCCCCCUUAGUUAAUGCUUUUAUAUGGAAUAUUUUUACCUUUAUGUUCCUGAUUUUAAAACAAUCCCUCAAAUUGCAAAAAAUAAACUAGCAACCCAGGGGGCACCAACAAGCCGGAGCCAUGUUGCGCCGCGCCCUAUGAAUAUCAUAGAAGAGUAUGUUAAAAUCAUAUUUCAGGAUGAAAAAAAACAUGUCAUAGUGUUGUAUGAUCAAAACGUCAUGGUGUAGUAUAAUUUAAAAUUUUGGAGUGAAAAAAAAUUUCAUAUUCUAGGAUAAAAAAAAUGUCAUAGUAUAGUAUCUUAAAAAUUUCAAAUUUUUACUUAAAACAAACAUUUCAUAGUUUAAGAUUAAAAAAAAUGUCAUAGUAUGGUAUGUUUAAAAUUUCAAUUUUGGAGUGAAAUUUUUUUUUCAUAUUUUAUGAUGAAAAAAUGUCAUAGUGUAGUAUGUUAAAAAUUUCAAAUUUACAAUAAAAAAAAUUCAUAGUUUAAGAUGAAUAAAAAUGUAAUAGUAUCGUAUGUUGAUGAAAUUAAAAUGUUGGAGAGAAAAAAAUAUAUAUAUUUGAGGAUGAAAAAAAAUGUGAUAGUAUGUAAAUGAUAUCGAAUUUUGAAGUGAAAAAAAAAAUCAUAUUUUAGGAUUGAAAAAAUGCCAUAGUAUAGUAUGAUAAAAAUGUCAUGGUAAAGUAUGUUAAAAAUUUCAAAUUUUAGAGUGAAAACAAAAGGUCAUAAUUUAGUAUGACAAAACAAUUCAAAGUUUAGUAUGUUAAAAAUGUCAAAUUUAGGAGUGAAAAAAAUGUGAUAUUUAAGUAUGAAAAAAAACAUGUCGUAGUGUAGUAUGAUAAAAAUGUCAUAGUAUAGUAUGUUAAAAAUCUCAAAUUUACAAGUGAAAAAAAAAUUCAUAUUUUAGUUUGAAAAAAAAGUCAUAGUAUAGCAUGAUGAAAAUAUCAUAGUAUAGUAUGUUAAAAAAUUCAAAUUUGGAGUGAAAAAAAAAUUAUUUUCUAGGAUGAAAAAAAACCAUGUCGUAGUAUAUUAUGAUGAAAAUGUCAUAGUAUUGUAUGUUAAAAAUCUCAAAUUUACAAGUGAAAAAAAAUUUCAUAUUUUAGUUUGAAAAAAAAAAGUCAUUGUAUAGUAUGAUGAAAAUGUCAUAGUAUAAUAUGUUAAAAAUUUAAAAUCUACAGUGACAAAUUUUUAAUAUUUUAGUUUGAAAAAAAUGUCAUAUUUUAGGAUAAAAAGUGUCAUAGUAUAGUAUGUUGAAAAUGUAAAAUUUUGGAGUCAAAAUUUUUUUUGACUUUUGGUAUUUUGGUAUAUUUUGGUAUGAAAAAAGUACAAGUUAAAUAUGUUGAAAAUGUCAUAUUUAAGUGUGAAAAAAAUUUCAUAUUUUUCUAUGAAAUAAAAUGUCUUAGUAAAGUCUGAUAAAAAAAAAGUCAUAGUAUGGAAUGAUAAAAAGUUCAUAGUAUAGUAUGAUACAAAAAUAGUUGUAGUUCAGUAUGAUCAGAAUGUCAGUGUAGUAUGAUAAAAAUGCAGCAGUUUAUCAUGAUUAAAAUCUCUCUCUUCUUUUCAGUACUGGCGCAGAUGAACAGAGACUGCAAGCUGAACUGGAUGGAUGUUCUGCAGCAGAAACACACGAUGGUACGGCACAACAACUGAUGUCAGGAGCAUUUGUAAGAGAGGAGGAUAGAAACCUAAUGACACUGUUAAAGAGGCCAAGAAUGCACUGCCAACUUUUACUGCAAGAUGGCUUAUCAAAGACACUGAUGUCUUUUUUGCUUUUGUAUAUAUCCUGUAUAUUAAUUAUUGGAUGAAUGAAUGAAAUGUAUGGCCAAAUAAAAGACUGUUGAUAUGAC